AUGGAGUGACAAGAUUGUGAAAGAAAACAUGGUGAGCUUCCUGCAGAAAGUAUACAUGCCUUUGUUGCAUGGGGUGAUGAAGAUGGCCGGGGUUAGACCCCGGGCAAUAGAGAUCGAACCAGGGACGGUCAUCAACACAUGGGUUCCGAUUGAGACCGGAGAAAAGAAAGUCGAUGACAAGCCUGCGGUGGUCUUUCUGCAUGGCUUUGCAGCGGAUGGUAUUCUUACGUGGCAAUUCCAGGUGUUAGCACUAGCAAAAAACUACGCGGUCUACGUCCCGGAUCUCCUCUUCUUCGGCGGCUCCAUCACCGACAAGACAGACCGGUCUGUUGGCUUUCAGGCAGAGUGCAUGGCCAAGGCGUUGAGGCAGCUGGGGGUGCGGAGGUGUACUGUGGUGGGGUUGAGCUAUGGCGGGAUGGUUGGCUUUAAGAUGGCAGAGAUGUAUCCUGCCCUGGUGGAGUCCAUGGUGGUUACCGGCUCAGUUAUGGCCUUGACUGAGUCCAUAAGCAAUGCUGGGCUUGAGAGAAUUGGGUUCUCUUCUUGGUCUGAAUACUUGCUUCCUAAGUCUGUCCAGGGUGUCAAAGUGCUCUUCCAUACUGCUUGUUACAACUUUCCGUGGCUGCCUAAUUGCAUUUUCAAGGACUAUUUAAAGACCAUGUUUAACAACAGAAAGGAGAAAAAUGAACUUCUACAGGCCUUGGUGAUUAGUGAUAAAGAAUUUUCUAUCCCUAAUUUCCCUCAGAGGAUACAUCUGUUGUGGGGAAAGGAUGACAAGAUUUUUGACAUGGAUACUGCCUAUAACCUGAAAGAGCAAAUUGGAGAGAAAGCAGUAGUGCAUGCUAUAGAGAAAUCUGGGCAUCUUGCUCCAAUGGAGAGACCGCGUGUCUAUAACAAGCAGCUAAAGAAAAUUUUGACCUGUUUAUGGGAAGAGAAUGCUUGCAAAAACUAGUAGACCUUUUGCUGUAUUUUCUGUGAUUGAUCCGUUGUUGAUUUUCACUAUAUAUUUAUUUGUAAUUCUUUUAUUAUUAUUAUUUUUUCAUAGAGUUUGAAAUUCAUUGUUUUGGAGUAAUUAAUAAAGCGUGGAGACAAGA